AUGAGGGGAAUUCUAGCUGCAAUCCUUUUGUCUGUUUUGUACAUUCAAGCCGUUGACGGUUUUCUUAACAAAUGCAGCAUUUGCAUCGACAUCGCUAACAGAGCUAAGAAAUCUGGAUCAGAUUCUGAAAGCGUUACUAGGGCUAAAGCAUUGAUGGCAGCAGAUUCCUAUACAGGAGAUUCUCAUGAUUUUUAUGUAUCUGAACUGAAUUGUCACUGGGAUAAAUACUAUUCCGACGCUAACUUCCCUCUGAUGACAACUUUCCCAGCAGCCACAUGUGGAGACACCGCUUGCUGUCCAGCAUCUUAUCAAAUCUCAAAUAACACCAUUGUGGAUAAGACCGGGACGAACACUCACUUCACACCUAAUGCUUGUGUUGUUCCUAAAGUAGUUCUUUUGCAUCACACAGUUACCGAAACCAUUGGUGAUACACUCAAUGUUUUUGCUAAAAAUGGACUCUCCGUUCAAUACAUUGUGGCAAGAAACGGAACCGUGUACCAACUUUUCAAUGAUGCAGUCCGAGCUUGGCAUGCCGGUAAUGGAAAGUUUGGAAACGUCAGUGACGUUAACACCUAUUCCGUCGGAAUUGAAAUAGUAAACCACGGAGAUGAAGCUUUCGAUCCUCUUCAGAUAGAAGGUGUAAAGGCAUUGGUCAAAACUCUAAAGCUUCGUUGGAGAAUCAGUGAUACCUACGUUAUUGGACACAUGGAAAUUGCACCCGGACGUAAGUCAGAUCCUUCUGGAUGGUUCCCAUGGAGUGGCUUGGACGAUUAUUUGGGAAUUUUCCCGGGACUCUACAAUACAAACUUGACUUCAGCCCAACAAGCUCAAGUUAUCUUCAAUGCUUCAACAGUUGGAUCUCAAUCGUUAAUACAUUCUAUUCAGAAUAAAUUAAAAAGAUGGGGAUAUGACUACUUACCCAUGACAGCAGGAGUUGUUGAUGAAAACACGAAAGUGAACAUCCAGUCCUUCAAUCGUAGAUACGUUCCAGAGCUUUUCAUAAAAGAGAAAAUCAUCGCUGAGCAGAUUGUUUUCAAUCCUGCUAACGAACAAUGGUACAAACUGUCUGACGAAAGACUCAACAAGUUAUUCGUUCUCUCAGCUCCUAUGCAAUGA